CUUUAUGGACAGAUCUUCUGUUAAUCGUUCUCCAUUGAACACUAGCAAGAGCAAGUAAAUGUACACGUUCUCAAAAGCCAAACGUUGGGUUGAUGUGAAGGACAGCGUGUAAAUGAUAAUCUGUAUGAAAUCCUUUAGUUGUCCUCCUAUAUAUUAAUUGCCAACUACUUUAAGUAAAAGAGCUGCAGGCAUUGGGUAUGGCAAGAAGAUGAAUAUCUCUUACGACAACAAUACUCCUGCUCCUAAUUUUUACACUGUCCAAAGGAGCCAAGAGCAUGGAAGGACAAUGGGUGUAGGCAGAGAUGUACGCAUGCACUCUCCAUAUUAAAUAGCAUGCAAACAAAUAUGAGAGCAUCUUUUUAGGACUAGUCUAAAAUACUCCAGGACCUGGGACUUACAAAUUCAAAGAUUCGAUAUCUUCUGUUCGUUACAGUAUGAGAUAGAGAUUAUCAAGUCGGAAAGAUAAAGAACGAAAACCUGGACCGUAUGGGUAAUCAUAUAUUUUAGAGGGCAUUACAAUCUACCAAGCAGCAUUAAUAGCACUGGGGUUUAUGCUCUUAGUUAAUACAGAAAGUAUUAUGAGAAUUAUUUUUAAUACAAAGCUCUGGGGCUAUUGUAUUGUCGCCUCCAAAAUCGCGUUCAGAAAGAAAAGUCAGAGACACAACACCAGGGCCUGGCUCGUAUAGGGAGAUUGGCAAUUUUGAUCCUAUGGGAACAUACUUCUGCUCUAAGUUUAGUGCAAGUAAAUGCAACAAAUUUCCAAGAGCACAACGCACUAUGUCUGAAUAUCGGGAUCGCUCCCCAGGACCUGGAUCAUAUUAAUUACCCUCUGAAUUUGGGUUUUGA